AUGCCUUUCUCUACAGAUUUUGAACCAGUCGCUUUAGAGGAUACUGAUUUAUUUAAACCAAUUAAAGUUGGUAAGAUCACACUACCACAUCGUGUUGUAAUGGCUCCUGUCACUAGAAUGAGAGCUCUUCACCCAGGGAAUAUUCCAAACGGCGAUCUUACUCCAACAUAUUAUGCUCAAAGAUCUCAAACCCCUGGUACUUUGAUUAUCACUGAAGCUUCUUUUAUUUCUCCACAAGCUGGUGGUUAUGAUAACGCUCCAGGUAUUUGGUCAGAUGAACAAAAUGAACAAUGGAAGAAAAUUUUUCAAAAGAUUCACAAUAAUAAAUCGUAUGUUUUUGUUCAAAUGUGGAAUUUAGGCAGACAAGCCUUUCCAGAUUGUAUGGCAAGAGAUGGCUUACGUUAUGAUUCGGCCUCAGACGAUGUAUAUAUGGAUGAAGAGACUAAACAAGCUGCUAUUAAAGCCGGUAUUAAACAACAUGGUAUUACAAAGGAGGAAAUUAAACAAUACAUUAAGGAAUAUGUAGAAUCAUCUAAAAAAAUUAUUGCUUCUGGUGCUGAUGGCGUUGAAAUUCAUAGUGCUAAUGGUUAUUUGUUACAGCAAUUUAUAAAUGCAAGCACUAACAAGAGAACUGAUGAAUAUGGUGGGUCAAUUGAAAACAGAGCACGUUUUACUCUAGAAGUUGUAGAUGCCUUAAUCGACGCUAUUGGUGCUGAAAGGGUCGCCAUUAGAUUAUCUCCAUUCUAUAGAUCUGCUGGUAUGCUUGGUGCAGAUGAACCAGAAGUCUUUGAAAUGUAUUCAUAUAUUUUAGACGAAUUAGAAAAAAGAGCACAAAAUGGUAAGCGUUUAGCUUAUGUACAUUUUAUUGAACCAAGAGUCACCAAAGGCUGGCAUGAAAAUGAUGACGGUGCUGACUACCAACACAGCAACGACUUUGUUUACGAUCACUGGAAAGGACCUGUAAUCAGAGCUGGUAAUUUUGCUGCCCAUCCAGACCUUACUAAAGCAGCCUUGAAUGAUCAAACUUUAAUUGCAUAUGGUAGAUACUUUAUUUCUACUCCUGACUUAGUCCAAAGACUAGCAGAAGGUUUACCAUUGAAUAAGUAUGAUAGAAGUACUUUCUAUAGUCCAGAUGCAAAGGGUUAUAUUGAUUACCCAACUUAUGAUGAAGCUAUCAAGUUAGGAUGGAAAUAA